GUUGUGCACGUGUAAUUGACACAAGGGCUGAUGGAGAAGAGGUGGCGGGGUUCGGGGCUCGGGCAGGGACCCUUCCUGCGGGCAAUGCAGCCCCGGACACAUGCAACUCGUUAAAUGCAGCGCCGGGGAGGUGGUGGUCGAUUGCAAUUCGCCGAGGAGACUGUUUCCGAGGAGAGAGAGCGCGAAAGAGGAGAGAGAGAGAGAGAAGCGGCGGCGGUAAUCCAGAGGCAGAGGGUGUGUGGGUGGGUGAGUCCCGGCCUGGUGAGGAUGAGAUGCCCGUGAGCCCGGUGCCGGGCUCUGCCAAGCCAUGGCCCCGGGACGUGAGCUGAGAUGGCAGAGCCGCCCCAGCCCCCGCCCCCGCCCCCGCCCCCGCCCGACUCCCUGAGGCUCUCGGCUCUGAGCUCUGCCCCCUGCCCCGCCGAGCCGCCAGCCCCGGCCGCUCUGCCCAUGGGGCUGCAGGGCUUCCCCAGCCAGCCCGCGGCGGCUGGCAGGCCCCCCUGCCAACUCCUGCAGCCGGCUACCCACCUCAGGGGCACGGGCAUGGGAGCGGAAGCGGGCGGAGACAAUGUAUCCUCUCCGCUGGAUACAGUAUCCCCUGGCACCCGAAUGGUUACAGUAUCCACUGGCACCCGAAUGGUUACAGUAUCCCCUGGCACCCACAUGGUUACAGUAUCCACUGGCACCCGAAUGUCUACAGCAUCUGGGGACUGCCAACUAGUUUCAGCACCCACUAGCUCUCGAACGGUUAUGGGGUCUGUGGGCACUGUGCAUAGCGAGAGUGCAAGGAAGCUGCCCCACCAACCGCCCCGCCAUUCUCGGGACCUCCUGCUGACCAUCGAUCCUGUCCUCAGUACCCUUUCUGCCGGCCAGGAGGUGGCGAGCAGCAACUGCAGAAGGAGAGCCUUGGAGAGCCCGUGUCUGAUGCCAGCCUCUUGCCUGUGGCAGGGAGGGAGUGGCGGGGGCCUUCAAGUGGAUGGGAGCGAUGCCCAGCUGUGCCCCAAGCGGAAAAGACUGGAAAACCUGGACAGUCCCAGCGGCCUGAGCCUGGUGAACGGCCACAGCGAGGAUCCUGGCCCUGGCAAGGAUGCCAAGUGGAAGAAAGAGGAGGAUGAAAACGUGGCACCCUUGGGGUGCCAGGACGCUAAUGCGAUGGGCAGGGCAGCGCAGGACACGCACCUGAGAUUGCAGAUGCAGGACUUGGUCAACAACUACAUUGUGCCCUGCAUGAAUUGCUAUGGCAUCUGUGUCAAGGACAAUUUUCUCGGGGAGGGACUGGGGAAUAAGGUCCUCAUGGAAGUGCUGAGCCUACACCGGAAUGGGAUCCUGAUGGACGGGAAGGUGGUCAGCCCCCUCAGUGUGCCCACCAGGAGCAUCCGAGGAGACAAGAUUGCCUGGGUGGAUGGCAAGGAACAAUCCUGUGCCAACAUUGGCCUCUUGAUGGCCAGGAUCGAUGAGCUGAUCAUCUAUAGCACUGGCAGGCUGGGGGCAUACAUGAUCAAUGGGAGGACUAAGGCGAUGGUGGCUUGCUACCCCGGGCACGGAACUGGGUACGUCCGACACAUUGACAACCCGAAUGGUGAUGGGCGAUGUGUCACGUGUAUUUAUUAUCUGAACAGGGACUGGGAUAUCAACGUCCAUGGUGGCUUGCUACAGAUAUUUCCGGAAAACCGCUCGGAGGUUGCGAACAUUGAGCCUUUAUUUGACAGGUUAUUAAUUUUCUGGUCUGACCGUAGGAACCCACAUGAAGUAAAACCUGCUUUUGCUACCAGGUACGCCAUUACUGUCUGGUAUUUUGAUGGAAAGGAACGCAUCGCAGCCAAAGAGCGAUUUAGGAAAGCUUCUGCUCAGAAGGCUUUGCAGUUCACCCAGACCAGUACAACGUAGGGUCCAGUCAGACAGGAACCACUCCCACCCCAUCCAACGAGCAGAUGGAUUGCAUGCGCUGAGCUGGUGUUGAGUCAUCGACCCUCCUCCUCCUCCAUCCACCUCAAGGGCUCUCCGUCCAACACCCACCAACCCACCCAGCUGACCCCACCUCCAUACACCGUCCUGGGGCACCUUGAAACAGCGGUUCGGUUCACUAAGGACCACCGAGUUCUUCAAACUGACAAGAAACGACAGGCGAAGGGUCACCGGAGCAGCGUUUAACCCUCCACUGUGCAUUAUGGGGACUUGCACAUUGACAGUGUACAGAGAAAAAUCGUUUGUUGGACUUGUUACUCUGCCCCUCAGCAAUCAUUGUGUGUUUGGGGUCAGAAAGCUUUACUUUCAGUUCAAAAGAAGAGAGACAGACUUUACUCUGUAUCUAACCCUGAGCUGUCCCUGUCCUGGGAGUGUUUGAUGGGGACAGUGUAGAGGAAGCUUUACUCUGUAUCUUACCCCAUGCUGGCAAAGAAAAUUGUUUGUUAUUCAGAGACACACAGCCUUGAUACGGAUAAACUUCCCUUUGCAAAUAA